UGAUUGUUUGUUUUUUUGCCUUUUGACAAUUUAUUUUUGUUCGAAGACGUGCAAGGCGAGUAAAAGCGCGAUUUGUUAUUAAAUGGAUAAUCAAAUUUGUCACUAUAGCUUUGCUAGUGUAAACUUUUCGGAUUAAGGAACAAAAACGUAAACUAUUGAUGCCCAACAUGAUCGAUAAAAGUUUGGACGCUGGAAAGGCGAACGACACCACGGAGACAGCAGAGCGGAUCAAAUGCUGGAUUUGUCCGGCAAAGUAUUUCGACACCGAGCAGCAAUACCGGCAGCACACUGAUAAAAUUCAUCUCGGUUAUCAGUUCCGAUGCGAGGAAUGUGACGAUGAAGUGCUGUUCAAAAAUCUACUCGAAGCUCGACAGCAUGUCGACGACAAACACGACAUAAACAUCGAACAGUGUCCCGAAUGUGCGGAAUCAUUUAACGAGUUCAAUCUGCGAAAGCACCUCCUGUUAGUCCACCGAAAGAACCGCCAGUACAACUGCGCUCUCUGUGAGAGCCUACAAUUUAGCGAUCGGGACAACUAUGAGAGUCAUAUUCAUAAUCAACACCAGGGAUUCCGCUCCAAGUGCAACAUUUGCCACCGGAUGCUGAAAGGUAAACUCAGAACUCACAUCGAAUACAUCCACUCGGAAGGCACGGCAAGGUGUAACAUCUGCAGCAAAGAGUACAGCAACAAGUACAAACUGAUGCGACAUCUGAAGUGUCAUACGGAUCCGCGGGACCCAGGUGCUGUUGUUCGCUGCGAACGGUGUAACGAAACGUUCGAAAGUGUCAGCAAACUGAAUUAUCAUAAGACAAAACAUCAAACCAAAAUCUAUCAGUGCGACAAAUGCUCGAAAAUGUUCUACCGGAACGGAGCCCUCGUUCAGCAUCAGAAAAGCCACGAAGGGGACCGAGAAUUGAGCUGUGAUAAGUGUAAUAAAUGCUUCACCACCAGCAACGGUUUACGUAAGCAUCUGGCGUUCCACGAGAAGGUGAAACUUGUAUGAAGUGUAAUCCAAAUCAAUAAAUGAUAGCUUAAACAAUUGGAAUGGUUUCCGGGCAUUCACAAUAGAUUAAUGAGCAGUUAUAAGAGUGCCAACACGAA